GCAUAUUUGUGAAACAUCAUCAUGGCUACCUACACUUGCACACAGUACGUGAACUUCAUGGAUCCCGCCAGCUAUGGUGCGAUGUCCACCACAUAUACCCUGGACGCGGCUCGGUUUGGCCAGCAUGACUUAGGUCUCUUCAUGGAGAGCCUGGAGACAAUAGCUCGCAUCGAACGGGAGCGCCACGAGCGACGUCAGCACCGGCGCAAGCAGCGGGUGCAGGAGGCGCGCAUUGCGGAGCUGGAGAACGAGCGCAGCGUCAGUCCGACGCCCAGCGCGGAGGAGGCUGUGGAUGAGCCCCUCAUGUAUAUGGAGGCCAAGUGUAUACCCUAUGCGAUCAGUGAUGCCCUGCCAGUGCCCGAGAAGGGCGCACCCGACUAUGAUGUCUGUGACGACGAGGCCUAUGGCAGUGCUCGUCAGUCGCCCCGAAGCAGUGUCACCUACUGCAGUUGCGCCGGCGUCUCCAGCACCGGACUUGACUCCGAUUCAGCCGAGUCGGGCAUUUAUGGCACCUCAUCGCCGACACCAUCGCUGCGUCCACGCUCGCAGGUCAUUAGCAAGCCCAAGCACCGCACCACACGCUCCCGCAUCAUCAGCAUGGUCCUCAAGCGGGAAUAUGCCAAGGCGCCCUCGGCGGAGACAGUGCAUCAUUCCGAGGACUGUGAUCAUCUGCUCAACAGCACCAUCAAGCAUCAGUAUGACCGAUUGUCAUCGAAGUCGCGACGCGGCAUUGCCUGCCCCCAGGGCUCGGCCGAGGAGCGUUUUCUGGACAAAGCCCUGCGCUACUUGACCUUGUGAUUGGCACGGUUCUCGCAGUGCCUAUAGCUUUAAUCCAUACUAUUAUACUAUACU